UAACAAACGAGGCGAGCGACUUGGCCAAUUUUUGCCUGCUUAGUCAGACUUGACUGUUUAAGAAUACUCCCCCCCCCCCUCGCUACCGUCCUCGGAUUUUGAUGUGUGCCAUUUUUAAAAAGUAGCAUUGCAUAUAUUGUGUUAGUCGACUGGUACAUGAUCGCGGAUGUGUGUGUGUGUGUGUGUGUGUGUGUUGAGUUGGCGCACUAAAUUGUCUACAGGUAGUAAUGGCGUCAGACUAUUGAAUACAUAUAUACCGUCGUCUAUAAAAGUGACUAUAUUUUAUACAGCGAUUGCCUGCAUACAUGCAUGUGUGUGCGCGCAUCUGUGUAUGUAUGUGUCUGACUGUGACCACACACACACACACGCAAGGCAGACAUGUAUUGAGCCUGGGCCAGUCAUAUUGGUACAAUACGGUAUGGAUUAUUAUAACUCUUACAGUCACCGACACUUACUCGUUGAGACAGGAGAGGGACAAGCUAGGGAGGCAGUAACACGAGGGCUGUUAUUACGUUAUACUAUUUAGUGAGGAGACGUUGAUUCAAUAACACGUCGGGAUAGUAAUACAUGGCAUUGCUAGGGACUGCUUUUACAUUCACAAUGUUGGUUCUAAAGCUAUCAAGAAAUGAUGCCUCUUUUAGGUCAGCGGAGAUCUACGUUACAGUUUGAGAUCUACUGUAGUAGGAAAUGAUGUAAAAACGUGUCAGGCGUGAGGAGGAACAUAACGAGAAAACAACGGCGCCCCUAAAAAUACAAGACAGUUCGACUGUGAUCAGUAUUGAUGGCCGAGUGAGUCCAACAUAAACUGACCGGUGAGAGUACUACAUCCAACCGCCGGUCCAAGCUUGUAUGUGCCAGUCUUCAAAGCAACAUCGGACACUCCCUGCCCAGCCCUCUGUUUCCUCCAUCUAGCAGUAUCUCUUCAGUUGCAUUGUGAUAUCACCUCAGCCCUGUCUGGGUCAUUACCUCAGCCAGCUGACAAACUCUGCUUCUUGUGAUUCAACCUGUGAUCCUAGAGAUAGAGAGGGAGAGACCCAUGAAAGGCUUCAACGAAUCAGCAUGAUGUCGGAAACCAAAGUUCUAUGCGAGAGCUUCCCCAGGGGGACGCCCAACGGCACCGUGAACGGAAACAACAACAACGUGGACACUGUGGAGGGGGCCGCCACCGGCGAGCUGGCCAAGUCCAGGUCCAUCGACUUGAUCGUGCCCCGCGACGGCUCCGACGUGAGACGCAGCUCCUCCCACGGGCUCGACCUUUCCAAGGCGCCCGUAAACGGACAUUUAGACGAGAGCAACGGUUUGGACCUGACCAAACCGGAAAUGAUCAGCGCUGGAAAGUACCCCCGCUCUUCAGACCCUACUCCGUACACGAACGGCAUUCCAUCAGACAAUCAGCCAGCAUCCGUGGCCAUGACCUACGGGUCCGGCCGCUCCCUCAGUGCUGGCGAAUCUCUGUCUCCUUUCCGGGCUGACCCCGUACCCAACGGUUACAGCCCGGACAACCUCGCCAACGGAGGCGCGUUCAAGUCUAAAUAUCCAGACUCUUACAACAAGGGUCUUGACCUGGAUUCCAAAUACGAGAGCAGGUUCGGCUCAAAGCCCUUUGAGGCCUCAGCGCCGCCUUCCUCUCCCCCGUCCUUCGCGCCCAAACUGUCGGAGCCCUACAAAAUGAGCGAGAACUCGUUUCCCAAGCCAAUGGACGCUUACAACAAGAUAUUAGAGGAUUAUGGAAAUAACUCUCGGAACAACAAUAACAACAAUAUAAAUCCUGGUUCAAAGCUGGAUGAGGAUUACCCGAGCCCCGGAAAAAUGUCUCUUGAACCGUACAGUAAGCUUGCGGACUCUUACGCCAAACAAAUCGAGUCACUGGCCAACGGCUACAAACCCGAAGGGGGUUCAUUUAAGCAAGAAAAACCUUCCUCCCCGUCCGGGUACAAGAAAGAGUCACCGCCCCUGAUAGGAUUCCCCAAAAGCGAGCCCCUCCUGACGAACGGAAAUAUCUAUAAUUCAAAAACAGAUGCAGUGACCUCUUCGUCCUCGCAACCCACCGGCCAAUCCCUUCCCAGUAUUCUCAACUUCUCAGCCAGCCAUCUUCGCGGCAUGUCCUCAGGGGACGGCGGGCUCGCCAACUACUUGAACAGUUACGGCGGCGGUGAUUCCAGGGGUGACAGGGGCGGCAGCCAAGGCGGGAGCAGCGACAGUAUGUCUCGCUCCAGCCCGAACAACAAAUUAGCCUGCAGGUUCUGUGGGAAGACUUUUUCACAAGCUGGGUAUAUUAAGGCCCACGAAAGGCUCCACACAGGAGAGAAGCCCUUCGCCUGCUCGGUGUGCGGGAAGCGCUUCAGCGACCCCAGCAACUGGAAGAAGCACGAGCGAGUCCACGCCAACAACAAGAAGCAGGGUCACCUGAUGGACUCGCCGGAGACAAAGGUGAAGAAUUUGUUCCAGAAAUCCAUACCAUCUUUCGUGGCGUCCUCUCUCCACCACAGACUGGCUCUGCGGAUGGACCCUGGCGGACCAAUCAUGUGCAAGAUCUGCGGGAAAAUGUUCUCCAGCCAAAGCAGCCUCAGCACUCACAAACGCAUCCACACCGGAGAGCGACCGUAUAGAUGCUCCUCCUGUGGUAAAAGUUUCACACAAAUUGGUACCCUGAGAACACACGAGAGGAUACAUACAGGGGAGAAACCUUAUAUCUGCAAGGUCUGUGGCCGGACAUUCGCACAAAGUGGGAGCUACCGCAUGCACGAACGACGGCAUAUGGCGGACUCCAUACAGAGAUGUCAUAUAUGUUACGCCACAUUCUCCUCUUGGCAGGACCUUCAGCGCCACAUGGCGUCGCACCCACAGGUAACGCAGGCUAUCUUAGAGUUCGAAGAAGGCAAUCAAGGCAUUAUUGAUCGAUUAAACUCUGGUGACCUUGGAGGACAACUUGGGGAUGGAAGUAUAGGUCAAUUGGGUCACCCUGAUAGUGACGGUCAAGGUCAUGGUCACUUGUUACAAGGAGACUCCAGGGACCUGGGCGUGCCACAUCCACGCUGCCCUCCCCCGCCACUUAUACCAGAAUCAUUGUUGCUUGAGUCAGAGGCAGCGUUCCAUGUCCAGUCACAAGGUCUGUAUCACUCUCCUGGUCAGCUGCCUCCGUUCUCGUCCAUUCUUCCGUUCCGUCACCACCCUGGUGGUCCACCAGCGUUUCCUCCAAGCUUCCCUUCAGCCCUUGGACUGCUGGGGCCGCAGUCACUUCCGGUCACAUCCAACGCAGAUUUCUUGACCAAGCAUUCAUUCUUCAACGCCAUGUUGGGCGGGCCGCAGAUGAAACAUGACGCCCUGGCCAAACUGUCUCCCGGAUACUCCACCCAACCGCCACAGCAUCAUCUUCAGCAGCAGCAGCUCCUUCAAGAACAGCAGCAGAUGCCCAAGUCUCACGAGAAUAGCGACGGCACGGACGUGGUUAGCACCACAUCGGCCGGAAAGAGGAGCGAGGCCGAGCAGAGAGCUUCCAGCCGAUCCUACAGCCCAGACCGCAGGCCGGAGCUGGACCCGUUGAGCUUGCUAAAGGACGACAAAGAAAGCCCGGCGUUCGGUAGGAGCGUGUCCAGCGACGAUGGCCUGGCCAGUCCCGAUGACCACAACAUGGAGACCAACGGGGAGGAUGAUCUGGCCCACGAGAUGGGAGAUAACGAAAAUGACGAGGACACGGACAUUGAUGACCGAUACACCAAUGACAGGGGCAGUUACUCGUCCACUUCUCGCCGCUUCAGUCCCAGCGAGGACAGAGAUCGCCACAGGGAAAGAGAGAAAGACAGAGAGCGAGAUAGGGACCGGGAAAGGGAGCGAGAAAGAGACAGGGAGAGAGACAGAGAUCGAGACAGAGAGAGGGAAAGAGACCGUGAAAAUCGAGAAAGGGAAAGAGAAAGGGACCGAGACAAAGACAGUUUUAGGUCGAGAAAGCGAAGCCGCAGUUUCGAGCGAGAGAGGAGGGACAGUCUGAAAGAGAAGAAUUCAGCCAGUGGAAACUCUGGAAGCAGCAGCGGAAUGGGUCAAGCCGGACAUCGGGAUACCGAGUACAGCAACGAGGAAGAGCCGGAGAGAGAUGGCGACUACUACGACCAAGACCGAGGCUACGAACAAAGCCACAGCGGCCGAAGCAGUCGCGACAGCCGGCAUGAUGGCAUCUUCGACCACAUCCAGGCCAAGCACAAGGAGGACAGCCCAGGGGCGGCGCCCCUCAACGCUGGCGGGAGCAGCGAGACUGGGGACCUUCGACCACCCAAGAGGCUGAUCGAGCGUCAGAACCUCAACACCCGCAUGAUCCCUUCCUCCUCUUCCAGAAAGCAGCGGCACCCCAUGCGUAGGUUCAGCAGCGCUGGGAGCGAGCAGGAGUCUCCACAGUCCACGUCCAGCCUGCCGGUCAGCUCCACCACGGCUGAAGCCAUCGAGCGCGGGGACCUGGACGACAACGACCUGGUGGUCUUCCUGCUGACCAAAGGCCGGGUCCACAAAUGUGUUCACUGCCACAUGAUAUUCAAAGACGCGUCCCUGUUCCUACUGCACAACGGCUUCCACGCCCACGAUGAGCCGUUCCGCUGCGUGGUCUGCGGGUCCGUGUGCAAGGACAGGAUAGACUUCAACUGCCACCUAACCAGUCAUAUUAAAUGACUACCACCAAAAACUAUGCUCAAAUAACUUGUGACUUUUGAUCAGCAGACGACAACCUAGCCAGAUGUCUCGCAGCACACUCCACACUCCAAUGGAAAAAAAAACACACCAAAAACUCAAGUGGCAUAUACUUGUACAUAUUGUAAUAAAAUGAUAACCUUAAUUGGAUCAAAUCAUCAGUCUCAUUAACAACUUUAUAUAAACCUAAAUGGAAACGAUUCGGAUUGAAAAGCAGACACUAAGGUUGAAUUUACCUACAUAUUCAACUCAAAAUAUCUCUGGAGUUUCCCAGCAUGGACACUUCAGAAUCAAGAUGCGGACCAGUAUCUGGUGCAUUGUGUGCUGUCCACUAGUUCCCCUAUAGUAUCGGUGUUGUCCACUGUGGUCAGUGUAGUCAAUGGCUAGUUGUGUGAUAUUGUACACUCAAAAGUGCCAUAUCAUAGAACACUGUCUGGCUUUCACUUUUUAUUUUCGUAUUCUCAUUCACUUUGUACUCUUUAGUUUCGUAAAAAAAAAAAAAUUUUCUUCUAAAUACACUUUUUUUUUUCUGGUUUUUCUUUUAUGAAAUUUUGCAUAACAUUUUUUGUGACUCGACUGUUUCACCGUGAGAAACUAGAUCUGAAAUGUAUACAAUAAAAAGGGAACAUUUGAAUGCGUACAAAUUUUGGUCCACGCAUAACUUAACCAGAAAAAAAUAAAAAUGGGGGGAAAUGACCAUGACUUCAUUUGCUGGAUUUCUUUUACACAUGACUUACAGGGUGACAAUAGUCGUGUCUAUUCCAAAGUACCGGUACCUCAUUGAUGUAGUCUGUGUACUUUUUUUUUUAUAACUAGGUCAAAGCACUAUAAUUAGAGCAACGACUGCGGGCGAGAUCUUAGUGUAAUAACUUGACUUCAAACUAGGUCACUAAAAUAAAUCUCCCAUUGGGUCUUUUUUUUAAAUGCUAAUUCCUAGUAGGUCACCGAAACAAGUCUCUCUUCCCCCUUAUAAUUUCCUUAGUGGAACAUGUGUAGGCCUAUUGCUUACAUCGGGUCAGCUUUUUUUUUUUUUAUGUCGCUCCAAGAGAACAGGACACUGACUGCUUAUUGAUAUUCACGUGAACACGACGUAGUUGAUAUUGAUAUAUAUAUAUAUAUAUAUACACAAUGAACAUUCAUGUAAAAAUAUCUUUUUUUUUUCAUUUGUUGUUGAGAUGCAAUAGAAUAGACAAUUUAGCUGUUGUUUUAUCCUCGUCGUUGGUUGACUUCAUUACUGUUAUCUAUUUUAACCUGUUGUUUUUUUUUCAAAUAUGUUUUAUUUUGUGUUAAACAAAUAACAACUGGAAUCUCAAAGUAUACUCACUAAUCGUGAAAUGUGUGUUCGCUAUAAGUGUAUAAAUAUUUAUAAUGUACAUAGACACAUGUUAUGGAGAAAUGUCUACAAAGGAUACAUUAGUCUGUAUAUAUAGUGUAUGUUCAUAUAAAAAAAAAAGACUCAUGACUUUCCCCCCACCUCCCCCCUCCCCCCCCCCCCUGCAUAUCAUGAUACAACGUGUAUAGUUGUAUUCGAUGGACCAAAAUAUUGAAGAAGAAAUUUAAAAAAACAACUGUGUUACAUUUGUUGUAUUUGUCGGCGGCUCUUGACCACCUGACCACUGAAGGGAGGUAACGCUCUAUUCUAUAAUGACCCUUAGGGCUAAUUUCUUUAAAAUGGGUGUCCUUUCUUCCUAGCUAGUGCGAACUGGUAUCUAACAAACAUUUUUGUUUUGUGUGAGGUCGUGAGUUUUGGGGAUAAUUUCAUUUCGCAAGGUUGAGAGUUUAUCAGUUUAUAGCAAGGUGAGGACUGAAUGAACCCCCACCUGCCUCUCUUCUCUCUCCCUCCCUCUCUCUCCCUUUCUCUCUGUUUUUCUCUCUCUCUCUCUUUCACAAACCACCGACUUGAGCGUACUGCCCUCUGGACGUACUAAAUGUUUAGAGCCGGGCCUGGGGUCUCAAUUAAAAAUGGAGAUAUCUAAUUGUAUACAAGCUGUCUCUGUCUCAUCAAGUAGCUCCCCCCCCCCCCCAGGUGCCACUUCCUUUUUUUUUUUAUUUACCCACAAGUGCUCUACAAGAUAGCGCUCAGCCUGCACCCGUAGAGAGGUCACGUCCGUUGUGUGUUGACAAAUCUUUUAGGAGUUUAUAUUGACAUGGGAAACCAUCCUCUCUGUGUUUAUUUAUAGACUUUUUUUUUUUCUAUUAAAAUUUUCAAUUUUGAACUUUACCACUAAAAAAAAAAUUGAAAAAAAAACAAACAAAAAACUACUUUAAAUAUAAAAAAAAAAUCAUAGUCCUCAGUGGUCAAAGCUGCACAGUUUAAAUUAUUUGACCUUAUAUAUCCUAUUACUGUCCUUUGUAUGGUACAUUUAAAGUAAUCAUUUGAAUCGUGACACUUCGAUGGUAUGUAAAUGUUAUAUAUAUGACUAUACAUAAUUAUGAGCCAGAUGGGAGUCUGAUUAGACAUACAGCUCAUCUCUAUAUUCUUCUCUUUUUCUCCCAUCUUUCUCUCCUCUCUCUCUCUCUUUCUCUCUCUUCUUUUCUCUUUGUCUCUUUCUCUCUCCUAUCAACAUCUCUUAGUGUAGCAAUCAAUCCAUAGGCCAAACUCAGUGAUCCAAUUACCUUUUCUAAACUCAACCCUAACCCUUACUCUUGAAAAUAAAUACUGCAUUAUCCUCCCCGCCCACUACCCCCCCCCUUUUUGGGGGGCCAUUAUACAAUAAGCUCUGAUGGAAAAGCACUAAGUUGUCCCCAUUCCCCUCACAGUGCCCUCUGAGUCAAACGCAAUGAUACCUAGAUAUAGGCUUACAAACAUAUCUACAAUAGAGACCAUUUCCAAUAGAGCUAACAACAUUAUUUUACCUGGAUAGGAGUAAUAUAGUUUGGCAAGUCAUUUAUUCCCCUAAAAGUAACGUUACUCAAAGUUUGGCCGUUUCGUUGAGUACUGUCGUGUCGAAGUCAAAUCAACAAGAAAAGAAGAAAAAAAUCAAUAACAAAUAUUUCCUGAAGUCUUGUGAAACCUUUCAUCAUAGUAAGACAGAAUUUUAUAUUUUUUUUUUGUUGGUCUUAGCACCAAGUUCUGGGAAGUAAAUGUCCGAUUUUUAAAUUAUUUUUUUUUUAUCAAAUUAAAAGUUUAAGGUCAGACACUAGAUUUCUCUCACAGGUUCUCAAGUAGUAUAUACAAGGUACCCCAAAACAAAAAUGCUACUCAUAAGUAUGGUGUUCUUUUUUUCUGGAAAUAAUAAAAGAGGAAAAUCGAGUCUUGAACAGAUUGUAGGGUACGUAAUACAGAGUUAGCAGGUUUUUAAUAAAUACAUCAGUUUUAAAGUACAGCUCCACCCCGGGGUUUGACAACAAUGUUUUAGUUCAAAAGUACCAAAUAGUGAAAGUGGCGAAACUCUCUCUCUCUCUCUCUCUCUCUCUCUCUCUCUCUCUCUCUCAUUCUCCCUGAUACACACUCCCCUUUAUGCCAAAAGAUGUUUUCCACACCAUGACCGUGGCCAGAUCUUCAAAAAGCCCCCAAUGUAUCCUUUUCUGUUGCAUUGUUGUACGUCAGCAUUAGAGGUAACGACACACUAUCAACUCAUUAACUGACUGUCUUUCAGCCGUGAGACACACAUCCUACAGUGUUGUGAACUGUUGACCUGGAGGCGCACUCUGGGGCUCCACCCACACCCCCUCCCCGUCCCCUUCCAUCCUUAUGACUACCGUUAAUUGUAUGGCCCGCUUUUGCCGACACCUGUUAUUAUAUCCAUGCACGCCUAGUUGAUUUUCUUAUUGUUAAUUAUUAUUUUUAUUUAAUAUUGUUGUUUUUAUUCAAUUUUUAUCCAAGAUGACUAAAUAUGUGAUAUAACGGUGGCGUCAAGUUCAUUGGCUUAGAAUUCAUAUAGACGUAUGAAAAGUUUGAACUCAUACCUUUGGGUUAGAAAUAGUCGUAAAAGUGUGGAGGCAUGCUGUGACAGAAUCGCUUGCUUUUUUGAACACAUCGUUUUUGGAAUCUGACAACAACAACAACAACAAAAAAAGCCUUUGACUUUGGAGACGUAUUUACAUUUCUGAAAUAAUUAAUGACAGCGAUAAAUAGAAUUUAGUCCAGCACUGUAGUAUUUAGUUCUUGUCCAGCACUGUGGUAUUUAGUUCUUGUCCAGCACUGUGGUAUCUUUUGUCUUUUGUUCUUAUUUAUUUGACUUGCACUUCCGCAACCCCCCCCCCCCCCACCUUUGCACGCACUUUUCUUUUGUGUGACACAUCUGCUUUUGCUGAAUCGUCAUGCAGCAAACCCCCCCCCCCCUUUUCAACUCUUCUUGAUUCUAUCCCUCGUCCAGCCUCUUCCUGUCAGCUGACCACCCGCCAUCUUUGUAAAUGUGUUUAGUGGGCGUGUCCGCUAUGGUUUCAUUGAAGUGAAUUCAAUUCUUGUGUAUUGUUAAACCCCUCCCCCACCACGCGCCCCUCCACAAAGAUCUGAUGCCAAAUAUCGAUGUUUUGAACUUAUUCAACUAAAUGGCUGUUUUAUCUGUUUAUGUUUUGGUUUUUUCAAUGACUAUAAUAUUUUCAUGUUCUGUAUCUUUACCAUGUUGUACAUAGCUGGACAUAACGUGUGGUAUUAAUGAUGGGGCAGGGUGUUUUCACUAUGUAGAUAUUUUACAUGCAGUCUUCUAGGACAUUGAGAUAAAAACUGCAAUACCGACAGCCAUACGCUUUGAUUCUCUGUUUGUUACAGGGAAGUGAAUAUAAACAAAAAAUAAAUUUUAAUAACAUGAUGUCACUGACAUUAUUAAAAGAGGAAAAAAAAAGUUUAAUUUUUUGGUCCUAAUAUAUGACAUAAAAAAAGACCUUUAGGGUUAAUGUGACGUAAUUUUGUUGAAUAUUCAGAAAGAUAUCAACCAAAUUUCAUUACAGCAAAUCAACAAGUUCAUUCUUCUGUCUCGCAUUUCAUAAUAUAUGUGCACAUGUAAGUUUUAUACGAUGUGCAUCAAUUGGAUGUAUCUUAUAAACAUUUGAGCGGGGUCCUUUCUCCCCUCUGUUCUCUCCACACUCCCCUGCCCACCCCCCACCCCCUCAAAUGUCGACGGUUCUUAAACCUUUCCAAUUGAUUCAAAAACAAGAUCCUUCCGUACAUUCAAGGUGUCUAGGACUCCCAGAGUUUUGAGACUCAACCGUGACUCACUCUGUAUAUUGUUGUAUUUGUAUUAUCUCAGUAUUUCAAUGCGUGAUUCUAUGAUUUUUGUUGUUAUAUAUAUAUAUAUUUUAAAUGUUGGUAUAAGUAUAUUAUAUAUAUAUAUAUAUAUUGACAUACUAUAAAACAAAUAAAAACGCAUCUCCUGUCCGUUCAGCUAUGCGUAGUGCUAUGUAUUACUAUGUUACAUUAUUAUGUACAACUUGUUCCUUUUGUGUGUGUGGAUAUUCUUAGAAAUGAUUCAAUCGUCACUAGGUACUCGUCCCAUCAGUAAUGGAGAGCUCAAUUCAUUGUCGCUUGUCCUUAAACACAAAAGUAUUGACCUCUUUUAAGUUUCAUUGCAUAUGUUUCAGUACCAAAGCCACUUUAUAUAUGACAUGCUGUACAGUUGCCACAAAGUAGGGAGUGCGCUUGUAUUAGCCUGAGCUUGUCUUGUACCUUUUUUUCAAAGACUAAGACUGUAUCGUAUAUUAGUUUGGCAGUUAGGUCUAACCCUUCCACUGAGCUACUGCCAGCUUAAUGUUGGCAGUUAUAAAGUGCAGAAAGGGCAAGGACCUGCAUAGCGCCAAUCUGUAGCAGCAGCCAGAUGAAGAGCACAUAGAGGUGGCUACUACAGCCGCUUUGUACGUCUGUGAUUUCUCGACGACUAGUUAAGAUGAAUUGUUAUGGUAAAUGUCUCCUCCCCCCCCCCCCUCUAUUGUGUUAUUGUUUGCACCACAUUCUCAUGAACGGAUUCAACCUUUAUGUCCAAGAGUCCACAUUCUCAGAGCCGGACUUAACAUUCAUUUUUGUUUUCUAAAGUAAUUGCUAUUUAAUAUAUACUAUCACGAAAAUCUGUGUUUCUUUGCUUUUCCAUUUUUUUCUCUUCUAGUUUUCAUUGGCUGUUUAAUGGGUCACGUGACACGCUCUCACAUAUUAUUGUUUGAAACAAUGCUGCUAUUUCUCUCUCCUUUUCUCUCUCUCUCUCCCUCUCUAUCUAUCUAUCUCAUCUUUAAAAAGCCCAAAUCUAUACACGGUAUUUUAAAAUAUAUGUAAAUGUAAUGCAUUCAUAUUCACUUCUAUUGAUUUAUUCUUAACGUGCCAUAAUGUAGUUCUAAAUUAUUUAUUUUUGUUUGGAUAACACCGGAAGUGAGCUCUUCAUCUAUUUGGUUUCUUUUAUUUCCGCCUGUACAUAAUUUAAUGGUGUUUUUUUGUUUUUUAACUUUUGUGAAACCACACGACAGCUAAAUUCUUGUAUGAUGCUAAGGGGAACUCCAUGCAAAACCAAUGAUCUAGAUUUAGUACCUAUUUUUCGACCCAAAUGGCUAAUGUCUAUGAUCUACUCACUGUAAAUGUUUACUGCGUCUCAUUGUUCAACUGUCCACUUUAUGCCACCCCUACCCCUCUUUCACACAGAUUAGAUUUUGAUAUUUGAACAUUUUUAAAAUGUCUUUGAUAUAUAUGUUUGUUUGUUUGUUUCAUUCAAUGACUUGUUAGUUAUAAAGUUGUGCGGUAGUUUGGUUUCGUUGUGUCAUUCGAUGUCAUUCGUGGUCAUUGUCAGCGUGGCGAACUGACUGAAGCCUAAAACUUCAGCAAAACUUAUGGCCGGACACACAGUAUCUUGUCAUACAGAUCAGUCAGAAUACUAGCACCUAUAGCACCAUGUUCACCGGCGCCCUAUUCACUAGCACCUUUUUCACAGGCACCCUAUCCUCACUUUUUUGACACACAGGGUCUCAUUCUGUCUCGCUCCACACUUCCCCCUUUCUCAAUCGUCCAAACAUUUUGAGUUUUUACACAGAUAUUUUAUCAUACAUAUAUUGAGUUAUUUUUAAAACAUUCGUGUUGUUACAUAGGUUAGUGACCCCCCCCCCCGACCUUUAUAUUUUUCUAUUCACGGCUCCGGUCUGCCAUCACGUCACUGACCCUAAUAGUUGACUAACAUACACUAGAGAUUCUAACACUAACAAGUUCUUCAGAAACCAAAACCUGGACGAGCUGAAAACAAAAAUCUCUUUGUUGACGAUGUUUACAAUCUGUUUCAUUCCAUUUCAAGUUAAUAUUUUCUGAUGUAUAUUGUUCAUGCGUCUCAUAAUUUUUUUUUCUCUUUUAAAUGGCAUAUGUCAUCUUAGUGGGCAGCGUUAGAUGUCAUGGCAUAUGUCAGUGCGUUUUUUUUUCUUUGUGAAGGAUUUGAAGUUGUUUUAUAUUUUUAAAAAAAAUAUACGUAAAUACUUCGUUACAUAAUAUGAUAGCCAUUUGACAGCGUUACUUGAGAUGGCAGAGUGACACAAGUCAUUUAUUAUGACACUACAGCUAGCGACCCCUAUCUGUCUACACUGUUAACUGUGAGUCUUGCUUUUUUUUUUUUUGAAAAUAAAUUUGAUAUCGUGUUAAAUAUGUCCAUUAAACUAUUGGCAGCAUAAUCUGUUACUUAACGCAGGCCUAUGUCGUCGUCAGUUACUGGUUUCAUUGAGUUGUCAGUCUCAAGUGUCAUGUAGAUGUCAGUCACUGGUGCAAUGUAUUAGUCAUUUGUUAGUUCCUUUUAGCAGUUAAUGUGCCCUACACUUCAAACCAGCAGAUGGCGUUUACUUAACAGACAAUCUUGAAACGAUGCAGCCAUCUUUUGCUAGGUUCGACAUAAGUCAGAGACGUAGGUUUGACAUAUGUCAGACAAGUAGGUUUGACGUAUGUCAGAGAAGUAUGCUUGACAUGUUAGACACUCAAUACCAUGCGACUGGCAUGUAGGAUAUUACGGCAUACUGUACUGUUGGCAUGCAGAUGACACAGUUUAAAACAUCGAGCUAUGUUGGCUGACAUUUACUUGGUACUAGUGACUGGAAGUUGACAUUUGGCACCAGAGGGCGUUGAAUGACAUGCCCCCCAACCCGUGUGUCAAUUAGAACGCCGAGGUUCUCAUUAUGUCUAACUUGAAUGGCGAAGUGCACAUAGAAGAACUUUUAAGGAAUAGCGAUGCACGAUACUACAGAUUAAAUCACUCGUCUCAUAAUCCAUAUCAAUAGAUAACACAACACACAGAAGGCGCUGUGUGACCCGGUGCUUCAACAGAUAUUUUUUUUUGACAUUCUCCAGCGCUCUUGAGCGCACACACAUAUAUUUUAAACCACGUCCACCAUUGCCAUCUCUCCAUCUUUGUUUUGACCUUCACAUUUUAAUUUUGUUUUGUGUGUGUCCGAGGCUGUCGUCUGCACUUGUUUCAAAGCGAGGCUAGCAAUAAACUGCGGAAGUGCAACAUCUUUUAUCAUUGACACAUAAUAUCACGAGACUAGGUUCCUUUUUUGUUGUGUUUUCAUAUGACAGUGCCAAGUGAUGACACUGUCAGCGAAAAGAAUGCAAUGCUAUUCCCGUGGCAGUCAGAUAGGUUUUAGUUUAUUAAAUGUCUGGAAUAUUGAGUCUCGCCUGAGGCCUAUUUAGUAGCAGUGAUCGCUGAUACUGCCCGACAUCAAGUUAUCUAUGAAUGACACUAUUAUCUUCUGUUGUAUCUCAACCCAAACUGUACCAAAGAUUUAUGUAAAUAGUAUGUAUAGCAUAAACUCCAUAUGUUCAUUGUUGUGACGGAUACAUAUGAAAAAAAAAACAACAAAACAACAUACAUCUUUUGUUUCGUUCAGUUCGUGAAAAGCAUGUUCCAUAUUUUUAAUGACUUUCUCGAUAAGAUGUAUUUUUAUUUCCUUUUUUCACCCUUUCUCAUAAUAUUUUGAUUUUGUGUUCCUAAUCCUGUGUAUCAUUUUCUGUGUAAUUCAUUCUAGAUUCUGACAUGUUGUUAUAUACAUUUUAUGUUUAAAUAUUCUAGUUAUUUAUUGGUCCAAGCUUUUUUUUUCUAAUUGUACAGAUAUAGAUCUAUAGAUCUAAAUCUAAAUAUAUAUUUUUGUACGUAGGGCCUACUCAGUAAAUAUGUCAGCCAAAUGAGUUAAAAGUUUCUAGUGAACUAAAGCCCAAAAUGGCACACGGGGAACCACAACGUAUUUUUUUAAAAAUCUGACCACUUUUGCAGCUGUCUAGAGAUCGAUACUCUCUCCCUUGACAAUUUUUUUUUUAAAUACUUAAACCAAAGCAACACAGAGUGGGAUUUCUUUAUAUCAACUCUAGGGCCCUUUUAUUCUCAUGUAUAUGCUAUAUUCCACUAUUUAGUUCCUUUGUGUUUGCGUGUAAUUGUUAUAUUGAACCACGUGACUUGAGCGAUACCCUUACAUUCACAGACGUUAUUUUAUUUGUGACGUACACUUCAAGAAACCACCUCUCUAUGCUAUAAUUCAGUUUUUGUUUUUUUUUACUUCAAAGUAUUUCAUUGACCUCGAUAUAAUAUGAUUCAAUAUUUUAACUUUUUUUAAUUAUUAUUUUUUCGACGUUCCUCAAUUGGUGAUUCUUAACUUGUGAGUUUGACCAGAAUUAUUUUUUUUUAAUGGAUAAUUCACUUUUGUAAAAUAUAUGUGUGUGUAAUGUACUUUUAAAAAACUAUUGUCUACACACACACUCGGAAACGUGUAUAAUUCAGUUGAGAGAUGGGUCAAUGGAUGCAUAAGUAAAUAUGUAUAGGCAAGUUUCUUUUAUUAAAAAAAAAAGCAACAACUAAAUUAAAGUAUUCCACUAUUUAGUAAAAGUGAAGAUGUCAUCAAUCUAAUUUUGUUUUUCUAUGUGAACCACCGUGAACAUGUUUUUGCUUUUUUUUCCUCGGAAAGUUCUUUGAACUAUUUAGAUUAUUUCCCAGUAAGUUGUUUUGAAAUAUAUAAAAAGAUAACAAAACAAAGUUUUAUUCAUUAAAAACUCCACGGCAAUGUCUUGGUGAACACAUUUCAGGAACAAAUUUGAAAAGAUCACAAAGUAUUGUAGCUGUUUGUGCCAGUGAUAGAGAAUCAUUUUGAAUAUUAGUUUGAUCAUUUGUGUUUUGUUUCGGUUACCUUUGGAUAUUGUUCACUUUAUAUUUUUAUAUUUUCAACGUCUUCUGUACACUUUUAAUUUCUUCCUGUACAUGAAACUUCUGUGUUGUUCAACGUAGAGAUACUACGAGUCACUGUUUAGAUUUUUGUUGAGUCUCCUCACUACAACAGUCUGGGUUUUUUGUUGUUUUUUUUUUCUGUCACAAGUGAUAGAGUCAUUUUAUGUUUGUUUAUUAUUAAUUACAUUUUAUUUGGGUCAGAAUCAUUGUAUUAUCUCCCUUCCCUCCUUAAAUUAGCUAUCACGUGAAUGGAUCAUGUGACAUGUUCCCUACAUUCAUAUUUCAACAAGAAAAUUGUGUCUCUUAUAUUUUUUUUUUCUUUUCAAGAAGCUGACCUGUUGAUUGUGCUUCCAGCAAACAUUGAAACAAAUAAAACGCUUUAUGUAGUAGUGAGAUGCAA